GUUUGUUUCAUCACCUCUGAGGCUCUGCCUGUCAAGCCACAGAGUUCGAGGGACUGGAACCUGAGGCUGCAAGGGCGGGCACCGCCACUGCCGAGGCUCCGAUGAUCACCGCAAUUCCAGCCGACUGUUCUCAGUGACAUCGUUCUCGAUUGGCCUGGGCUCCAAAACAGACGCUUCUCGAAGCAUGUCCCAAUAAAUCAUUUAAGGCGCCCUCGAUCGCCUUCAAUAUUUAGGAUCCCAAAUGGCUACAGUGCGAAUCUGCGUCUGUGGUGAUGAGGGCACUGGCAAGUCCAGCCUCAUAACCUCCCUUGUAAAGGGAGUUUUCGUUACGAACAAAAUCCAGCCUAUCCUACCUCAAAUCACAAUCCCUCCUACGAUCGGUACCCCCGAGAAUGUCACGACAACGACGGUGGUGGAUACCUCCGCUCUUCCGCAGGAGCGCAACAACCUGGCUAGGGAGAUUAGGAAGUCAAAUGUGAUUCUACUCGUUUACUCGGAUCACUACAGCUACGAGAGAGUCGCCCUAUUCUGGCUGCCAUACUUCCGCUCCCUAGGCGUCAAUGUUCCCGUGGUUCUAUGUGCGAACAAGUCCGAUCUCGCCGCCGACCAUACGGAGGCCCAGGUCAUUGAGGAGGAAAUGCUACCAUUGAUGGCGGAGUUUAAGGAAAUUGACUCUUGCAUCCGCACCAGCGCCCGUGAGCAUCGUAAUGUCAAUGAGGCCUUCUUUCUCUGCCAGAAGGCGGUUACCCAUCCGAUCGCGCCGCUGUUCGACUCCAAAGAAUCCUCCUUGAAGCCGGCAGCCAUCGCGGCGUUACGGCGGAUCUUCUACCUCAGUGAUAAGGAUAGGGAUGGUUAUCUUUCAGAUAAGGAGAUAAAGGAAUUUCAACUGAGAUGCUUUGAAAAACCAUUGAGUGAAGAGGAUUUAAUCCACAUCAAGGAGACCAUCCAGAGGACGCAUCCUCACUCAGUGACUCCUUCAGGUAUCGAUUGCCGCGGCUUCAUACAAUUAAACAAGAUGUACGCGGAAAAGGGCCGUCACGAGACUGUCUGGAUCAUUCUAAGAGCAUUCCAGUAUACGGAUAAUUUAUCCUUACAGGAAAACUUCCUUCACCCAAGGUUCGAUGUACCCCCUUAUGCGUCAGCUGAGCUCUCGCCAGAGGGGUACAGGUUCUUCGUCAAUCUUUUCCUUCUUUCGGACAAGGACAACGAUGGGGGCUUGAAUGAUGCUGAGCUAGCGUCGCUCUUUGCGCCGACUCCAGGAUUGCCAGCUUCAUGGGCGGACGGUUCCUUCCCAUCCUCUACCGUUCGCAAUGAAGCUGGACAUGUCACGCUCCAAGGAUGGCUUGCGCAAUGGAGCAUGACUACGUUUACGUCGCCCAAGACGACGCUGGAGUAUCUAGCCUACCUGGGGUUCGAGUCAUCCGACCGGAGCAAUCUCUCCACAACAGCAGCCCUCAAGGUUACGCGACCGCGGAAGCGACGAAGGCGCCCUGGCCGAGUGGGCCGCAAUGUUGUCCUCGGCCACGUUCUUGGAGCUGCAGGCUCAGGCAAAUCUGCGCUCCUUGACGCUUUCCUCUCCCGCGGAUUCAGCACCACAUAUCACCCAACCAUUCAGCCCCGAACGGCUGUUAACACGGUUGAGCUUCCGGGGGGGAAGCAAUGUUAUCUUAUCCUCGACGAACUUGGGGAGCUGGAACCUGCCAUUCUCGAGAAUCAAGUAAAGCUCCUGGAUCAGUGCGACGUCAUCGUGUACACGUACGACUCGUCGGAUCCCGAUUCCUUCGCCUACAUUCCUGCACUACGCGCUAAAUACCCUCACCUGGAGGAGCUUCCAAGUGUGUUCAUUGCGCUUAAGGCGGAUUUGGAUCGGACCACUCAGCGGGCAGAAUAUCAACCCCACGAAUAUACUGCCAUGCUGAAUAUGUCGAGCCCGCCCCUUCAUGUCAGUGCCACUUGGAGUUCCAUCCAGGAGGUGUUUGUCCACAUCGCAGAAGCCGCGAUGGAGCCCAGUACGGCCUUUCCGCGAAGCGAGGAAGACGUCGAGGGGAAAUGGAUGGCGUGGGGGAUCGCUCUCGGGGCGGUGGUAUGCGCAGGAGCGGCGGCGGUCAUGAUAUGGCGGAGGGUCAGUGGUAGCGGGGUGUGAGGGGGUGUCCGUCGGG